UGCCUCUUGCUUUGCUAGUACUAUUGGUGCAAUGACGUGAGGUCAACCGGACUGGGUCUACAAUGGAAAAACCAAGAAUAUUGAUUGCCAUGGCUUCAUUCGCUUGUUGCUUUCUGACAUGUUUCCAUCAGAAUCAAGUCUACCAAGCUUUUAAAAGGAGCUUUUUGGCCUUCCUCUUACACACAACCAACAACCAAUUCCAAAAAAGAAAAACAAACUUUUUGAAGGUUUUUCAGUAAUGGAGAUUCUGGGUUUCUCCUGCUUUGUGCUUGGGCUGCUGAGCACUGUUGUUGCACAGCCAUUUACAGACCCUAAAGAAGUGGUUGCAAUUAACAAGAUAAUUGAUCACUGGAAUUUGAGAAGCAAAGUGAACUUCAACAAUAUUGACCCUUGCAACAAAACUGCUGCUUGGGCACCAUCAGAAGCUAAUCCCAGGAUUGCUUGUGAUUGUUCUCCCACUACCUGCCACAUUACUCACUUGAAAAUAUAUGCUUUAGAUAUUGUUGGUGAAAUUCCUAAAGAACUGUUUAUGCUUAAAGAAAUGAUGGACUUGAAUUUGGGUCAGAAUGUAUUGAAUGGCUCAAUCCCAGCUGAAAUUGGGCAGUUAUCAAAGAUGAAAUGGCUGAGUUUAGGCAUUAACAAUUUCACUGGUCCAGUUCCUCCAGAGCUGGGAAAUCUCAGUAGUUUGCUUAGUUUAAGUUUUGGCUCAAACAAUAUGAAUGGACCCUUGCCACCCGAACUAGGAAACUUAACGACCUUGGAAGAGCUGUAUAUUGAUAGCAGCGGAGUGAGUGGGCCGAUUCCCCAAGAGCUGUCAAAAUUGAAAUCUCUCAAAGUAUUAUGGGCAACUGCUAAUGGUUUCACGGGAAAGCUUCCUGAAUUCAUUGGAAGUCUGACAGAUCUCACAGUCCUGAGACUGGAAGGAACACUUCUUGAAGGCCCUAUCCCGAACAGCUAUGGUGCUCUAACGAAGCUAGAUGACUUGAGAAUUGGCGAUCUCAGUAAUGGAGAUUCUUCUCUGAAUUUCAUAGAGAACUUGACCAGUCUUUCUAUAUUAUCGUUAAGAAAUUGCCGGUUGACUGGCCAACUUCCAGAACGGCUUAGUACCUUCUCUAAUUUGAAAAUCUUGGACUUGAGCUUCAACAACUUGACAGGUGAAAUACCAAAUUCAUAUAAAGACUUUGCCUCGUUAGAGUACUUGUAUCUUGGAAGCAAUAACUUGAUCGGGGAGUUACCUGCAAACAUCAUAAAUCCCAAGCUUAUCGCUCUAGAUAUCUCAUUCAAUCAAAUCUAUGGAACUAUACCUGCCAAUAAGUCAACUAUUUCAGUAAACGAUGUUGGCACUUCGAUCACUAGCGAAAGGUCACUUGGCAGCGUUUGCUUAAUAAAAAACUCGGUGUGCACUGAGAUAGCGUCAGCAACUUCAUUUUCAAUCGACUGCGGUGGAAAGCAAAUGGAAUCUGUAUCCGGUACUGAAUUUGAUGAUGAUUCGGAGACACUAGGCGCAGCAUCGUUCUACGUGGGCUCGAACGAUCGUUGGGGGGUGAGCAGUUCUGGAACAUUCAUUCACAACCCAAACGGACCGAAGUUUACAGCUCAGACGGAUUCUCAGAUCACAAGCACUCUCGACUCUGAGCUCUACAAAACAGCCAGGGUAUCUCCGAGCUCAUUGAGGUAUUAUGGUCUCGGGUUAAAGAAAGGCAUAUAUAGUGUUGAGCUUCAUUUUGCUGAGAUACAAAUGGACGAUUCUCGGGACUCUUGGAAAGGCCUUGGGAAGCGCAUUUUCGACGUUUACAUUCAGGGGGAAAGAGUUCUUCGAGAUUUCAAUGUUAAAGACGAGGCCGGGGGGUCUAAAAAGGCGUUGGUGAAGACAUUCAAGGCGAACGUGACAAACAACGUGUUGGACAUUCACUUCUUCUGGGCCGGGAAGGGCACUUGCUGCAUUCCCUUUCAAAGCACAUAUGGCCCUCUAGUUUCCGCUAUCCACGUUACUCAAGUGGUCAAUUUAGAUGAUUCUUCCAAGAGUCGGGACAAGAAACACGUCGGGAAGAUUCUUGGAAUCGCGCUGGGAUCUGCAGCAGGAGUACUCAUAAUUUGUUCCAUUUUCUAUGUGUGGUGGGCAAAGAAAAAAUCUCCUACCUACAAGGGAAUCUAAGUUGAUUCAACAAGAAAUAAUGGUUCUUCUCAAGGCUAUAUAUGAUCUGAAUUCUUUAGGCCAUGAAGGACCCAGUUUGAUGUUUUCUAUCAGAGGAUUUAGCAACACAUAUCAGAAUCUUAAUUGUAUAAAAAAUAGCCAAUAAGUGUUAGCUCUUACAGUCCUUGUUAAUCUUGGUCCAACUCUUUUGAAGUGUGUAAGCUGUAACUAUAUUUGGAAAUUGAAGCAUAUGUUCUAUUUCAACUAAAAGUUUAAACUGAUA